UGGCCGGCUUGUUUACCUGCUGUGUCUGCCCUCCUUGGCCUGUCCGUCCAGCCCUAUCCCCAAGCGUCCCAUUCUGCCCUCGAUCCAGCCCCUGUUGGUGCGCGAUGUCCACCCAGGGCUUUGAGAACUGCGUUGCCGGAACGUGGUAUGGCUUCACCAGAACCGAGUUCAAUCCAGGCGACACCCUCAAUCUCCAGUGGGGGGCGAUCGACGACGGAUCCACGCCACUGAACAUCUCCCUGGGCCGCGCGGGAGGGUCGAUCAUCGAUGAAAUCGUCGUCGGGGCCAAGUUCACCCAAACCAGUGCCCUCUACCAACUCGUCGUCAAUGAAACCGCCAACUGCACCCUCGAGCAGUACAGCUGGGCCAUUCCGGGGGACUUGAACGUAACCGACCCGGAGUAUCAGAUCGGACUGUUCAACGCCUCGGUGGAGCUGGGUGCCGAUGGGAUUGCCCUGUUUGGAUGGCAAAGCUGGAGCCCGGACUUUUAUAUUCAGGAGGCCAAUGCCUCAUCGACUGCGACUGCAACUGCUACAAAUACCAUGGCCAUGACUGCCAUGACCAGCGCUACAACCGCUUCUUCGACCUCAUCAGCACCGUCGUCCUCCUCGUCCGCCACCUCUCAUACUCAUACACAUACAUCAAGCGUGAACACUGUUGCGAUUGGGGCUGGUGUGGGUGUUGGAGCAGCCGCUUUGGCUGGCAUAUGCUUCGGGGUGCUUUACUUCCUGCGUCGACGGAGGAAGACUCGCGCCUUAUCGCAGAGAUCGGGGAACGUUACAGAUCUACCUGCGUAUGAGCUGCCAGUUCCGACGAAGCAGUCACUGCCCGGGGGGUAUCGCACGUACGAGCUGGCUGCGUAGAUGGGGAGCUGAGGGAGAGAUUGUCCUGCAAAAGGACUAGUUGGGUAAUUACCUCGAGCAGCAAUUUAUGUGAAAGGAAG